AUGUUGGGGAUCACCUACUUGCUCGUCAUCGCAUUGGCGGGCAUAGUGCUCUGGCAGUUCAUCGUGCAUGAGUACGAGCAACAUGUGAUUGCAUGGGUUAUCGGGGCCAUUUUCGUCAUGGCAGCGGUCCCUUUGGCACUUCAGGACAUACACUUUCAUAUCAUACACUACGUGUCGCCGCUCCAACGACAUUACGUUCGGAUUUUGUGGAUGAUUCCUAUCUAUGCAGUAGAAUCAUGGUUGGCACUCCGCUUCAACGAACAAAAGAUAUACCUUGAGACCAUGCGAGAGGCGUACGAAUCCUAUGUGGUUUACUCGUUCUUCAAGCUCAUGCGCGAAUUUUUGGGCGAAAAGCCUCGUAAGGUUGUUGCUGAGAAGAAGGGCAGGGGAAAGGCAAUCAUGUUGUGGCCCUGUUGCUGCAUGACUGCGUGGCGACUUGACGCCCAAUUUUUGACGAGAUGUUCCUUGGGUGUUUGGCAGUACGUCUUUAUUCGAACGGUCUCAGCUGUUGUGGCUUGUAUUUUGGAGCAUUUUCAUCUGUACGGGGAAGGAACAUAUGAUUUGAACAAGUUCUACAUCUACUAUCUGAUCCUUGUCAACACUAGUCAAUGCUGGGCCCUUUACUGCUUGAUCCUGUUCUACAAGGAGCUUGCUGAAGAACUUUCUGCCAUCGGACCCCUCCCCAAAUUUUUGGUUGUGAAAGCAGUAGUUUUUGUAUCAUGGUGGCAGGUAAGACUCCAUGUCGUUGUGAGGAGCAUGAAGAAAGCAUUGAGGAGGAUUUUAAAGAGUAUCAACUUGAGACGAUGA